AUGUCUGAGAACAACAACGGAACUGCCAAUGGCAGAGAAAACCCAAUUGAAAAGAUUGAAAAAGUGGUUGAGGCAUCCCUGAGGCCGUUGCCCACUGAAACCGGCGAUGGUACCUAUAUUCAAAGCAAGAAGAUGACUGGAUUUGCCAAGGACUUGAAACACAUCGAUUUGAAUGAUGUGAAGACGCUCGCCGAGGUUGCGAAAAGCGCAGUUAGCGGAGAUCCCCUUAACGACAGAGACUAUGUUAUGGAGGGAAUUGUUCAGCUUGCGGCCGACUUGCCUGCGACAUCUCGGGCUGGAAAGGGAUUAACAAAUACUUUCCUCAGUACACUUUGGAACGAUUUGGAACACCCGCCAAGAUCGUAUCUCGGCCGUGAUGCUCUUUAUCGCAGCGCCGAUGGCUCAGGAAAUAAUGUCUUUUGGCCAAAACUAGGUGCUGCAGGCACUGCAUAUGCUCGAUCCGUUAGACCAGUAACUGUUCAGUCGGCUUCUCUUCCGGAGCCAGAGACUCUUUUCGACAGUCUGCUAGCCCGAAAGAGCUUCAAGGAACACCCGAAUAAGAUAUCUAGCACUCUGUUUUAUCUUGCGUCUAUCAUCAUUCACGACCUUUUCCAGACGGAUCGGAAGGACAGCUCAAUCUCAAACACCUCUUCAUAUCUGGACCUGUCCCCCCUUUAUGGUAAUAACCAGGAAGAACAGAAUCUCGUGAGAACUUUCCAGGAUGGAAAGCUCAAGCCUGACUGUUUCUCCACCAAGCGAAUUCUGGGCUUCCCUCCCGGAGUUGGCGUCAUGCUCAUCAUGUUUAACCGCUUCCACAACUACGUGGUGACGCAGCUGGCAGAAAUCAAUGAAGGUGGUCGCUUCACGAAGCCCGACGAGUCCAACUCCAAAGCUUAUGCCACAUGGGAUAAUGACCUUUUCCAGACCGCCCGUCUUGUCACCUGCGGUCUAUACGUUAACAUCAUCCUGAAGGAUUACGUGCGAACGAUUCUUAAUCUAAACCGUACCAAUAGUGCAUGGAGUUUGGACCCUAGAUCAGACAUGAAGGAUAGCCUGCUGGGUGAUGCUGCUGCGGAGGCCACCGGAAACCAAGUGUCUGCCGAGUUCAACCUUGUCUAUCGAUGGCAUUCAUGUGUCUCUGCCCGUGACCAGAAAUGGUCGGAGGGCUUGUACGAGGAGAUAUUUGCGGGACAGAAUCCUAAUGAUAUCAGCCUACAGCAGUUUGCUAUGGGGCUCGGCCACUGGGAAGCAAAACUCCCUACCGACCCCGUUGAGCGCCCAUUUGCCAAGCUGCAGCGUACUGCCGAUGGCACCUUUGAUGAUGACGACCUGGUUCAGAUUUUCGAACAGGGAGUUGAAGACGUGGCCGGAGCUUUUGGGGCUUCCAAUGUGCCUGCUAUUUUCAAGAGCAUUGAAGUACUCGGGAUGAAACAGGCUCGGUCUUGGAACCUGGCAACCCUGAACGAAUUCCGUACUUUCUUCAACUUGACUCCUCACAAAACCUUUGAGGAUAUCAACUCGGACCCCUAUAUUGCCGAUCAACUCAGACACCUUUAUGACCACCCUGAUCUCGUGGAGAUGUACCCCGGGUUGAUCGUCGAAGAUGCUAAAGAGCCAGUGGUCCCUGGCAGUGGCUUGUGUACCAAUUAUACUACUUCCCGGGCCAUUCUCUCCGAUGCCGUUGCCCUAGUCCGCGGCGAUCGCUAUUACACAGUUGACUUUACCCCGAAGAACCUCACGAAUUGGGCCUAUAAUGAGAUCAACUAUGACACCUCUGUUGACCAUGGCCAUGUCUUCUACAAGCUCGCUUUGAGGGCAUUUCCCAACCAUAUCCGCGGAGACUCGGUAUAUGCGCAUUUCCCGAUGGUGGUUCCCAGCGAAAACAAAAAGAUCCUGACAAGCCUUGGACUUGGAAGCACAUACAGCUUUGACCGGCCUACUUUUCGACCUACCCCCCGCUUCAUCAACUCCCAGGCCGCCUGCAAGUCGGUCCUUGCUAACCCCGAUACCUUCAAGGUAACGUGGGGCAAGAAGCUCGAGUUUAUCCUGCACCGCGAUGGCCAAUCAUUUGGCCGAGACUUUAUGCUCUCGGGUGAUCGUCCGCCAAACGCAGCGUCCCGGAAAAUGAUUGGCAAUGCCCUGUACCGAGACAAAUGGGACUCGGAAGUACGCUCCUUCUACGAAGAUAUCACCCUACAACUGCUGAAAAAACACUCGUACAAAAUCGCUGGAGUGAACCAGGUCGAUAUCUCCCGCGACGUGUCCAAUCUAGCCCAGAUCAAUUUCUGCGCCAAUAUCUUUUCGCUCUCGAUGAAGACUGAGUCUAAUCCCCGAGGCGUUUUCAGCGAAAUGGAGCUUUACCAGAUCAUGGCUCUGGUCUUCACGUGUAUUUUCUAUGACGUUGAUGUUGCAAAGUCCUUCCAGCUUGAGCAAGCUUCCCGCCAGGUUGCACAGCAGCUUGGUGAACUGGUGAUGGCGAACGUCGAGCUUGUCGAUAAGGCUGGGUUCAUUGCCAAUAUUGUGAAUCGCCUCCAUCGUCAUGAUACCUUGAGUGACUAUGGUGUCCACAUGAUCCAGCGCCUGUUGGACAGUGGACUGCCGCCCAAGGAGAUUGUCUGGACGCACAUUCUUCCAUCGGCUAGCUCUAUGGUUGCCAAUCAGGCGCAGCUAUUCGUUCAGUGCUUGGACUUUUAUCUGGAGAAAGAGAAUGCUGCUCACUUGGCUGAGAUCCAGCGGCUGUCGAAGGACCAUAGCCCUGAAUCCGAUGAGUUGCUUCUACGAUAUUUCAUGGAAGGUGCCCGGAUCCGAUCAUCGGUGGCAUUGCCGCGAGAAGUCGCCAAGCCAACCGUCAUCGAAGACAACGGGGAGAAAGUGACGCUGAAAACCGGACAGAAUAUUUAUUGCAAUUUGGUGGCUGCCAGUCAUGAUGCCAAGGCGUUCCCGGACCCCGAACAGGUUCGAUUGGAUCGGGAUCUGGAUGAGUAUAUUCAUUUCGGAUUUGGUCCGCACAAGUGUCUUGGGAUGGAUGUUUGUCAAGUGGCCCUGCCAACUAUGCUCCGAGUUGUGGGACAAUUGGAGAAUCUCCGUCGCACCCCGGGUCCUCAGGGUCAACUCAAGAAGAUUCCCGCGCUGGGUGGAAUUACCAUGUAUAUGAACGCAGAGCAGAGCGGUUUCUCGCCGUAUCCGUCGACGCUGAAGGUCCAGUGGGACGGAGAGUUGCCCAGGGCGAAAUAUUCGUGA